AUGGUGGACAUCGCCGCAAUCAGCGAGAUCCGGUUCUCUCAACAGGACCAACUGGAGGAGGUGGAUGCCGGCUACACCUUCUUCUGGAGCGGUCGCCCCAAGGCAGAGCGACGAGACGCAUGUGUUGCCUUCAUCAUCCGGAACGUCAUCGUGGGACGACUGCCCUGUUUGCCGCAAGGCAUCAACGAUCGCAUGAUGAGCCUCCGCCUGCCUCUUCAGAGUGACAAAUUCGCCACCAUUCUCAGCGUCUACGCUCCGCCGAUGACCUGUCCUGACGCCGCAAGGGGCAAAUUCUACGAGAACCUGCAUGCCCUCCUGGUGACUGUGUCGAAGGCGGAAAAGUUGAUUGUGUUUGGUGACUUAAACGCCCCUGUCAGCACAGAGCGAUCUACUAGGCUAACCGCAUUGCCGCCUCGAAAGCCAAACAAGAUGCCGAAAAUCUCAGUUGCACCCACUUCGCAAAGCCAACGCACAGCCAUCUCCAAUGUGUCCACGAUGUCAGCUGACAUUCCGGGUACCAAAUGGACUUCUUGGGCCCCUUUGGAUCAAUUGAAGCACUUGGACCGCAGCAACCGUCGUCUGUCCGUCCACCUCUUCCUUGCCUUCUACGCCGUCAACUAACUCUGACCGCCUUCCCGAACCACAACUUCCAUCCUCCUACUUCACCUCCUCCUCCCCGACUGCCUCCACGUCUGCCGUUUUGGCGUCCGCCACGCACACCAACGUGACACACAAUUCUGACAAACCAACAAACACCAACACUACCGCCGUCGACGCCAGUAAUGAGGACCCGGUCUAUACCUGUCCUCAUUGCGGCAGCACCUUCACCACGCAUAUCGGCCUGGUCGGUCAAUUGCGCAUCGAUCGCCUGGAGCACCAACCUACACCCGCCGCAUUCGCCAUCACUGUCCACACUGCCCUCGCACAUUCAUGA